GCCCGUUCCGUUUCCUUACCAGAUCAAGCUCGCUUCGGCUCAUUAUGAAAUGACUCUACCUGCUGCACCCUCACCCUCCUUGACGCCGAGUGGCUUGUAUGGCUUUCCCUUUUACCCAUCUUUCCUGAUGCAGACAAGGGUACACUAGUGAUUGCCAAGUAGUUGAGCCUACUAAGAUGUCGACUCCAUACAAAGAGUCCCAACCCAUCCCUAGCUAUGUGGGUAUCAACCCUGCAACGCAACGGCCUCGGCCGCCGCCAAAUCGACGUCGCGAUAAGCCACAGUUGAGUUGUAAUCUGUGUCGUCGUCGGAAAUUGAAAUGUGAUCGCAAUCACCCCUGUUCAACUUGUGAGAAACGUGGAAUUGGGUCAUCUUGCACCUAUGUUGCCAACAACGCCCCAUCAACACCCCAGGCUGGUGUUCAAGAUAGAUUGAGACACCUGGAGCAUCUUGUGGUCUCCUACAUGAACCAGAAUGAAGGGGCAGAUCCUUUUGCAAUGGCGGGGCCUUCUCCUAGCAUUCAGGAGCCUGACAACUCCCCUGCUCCAACUGAUGUUGGUAGCUUGAAAACAAAUAGCGUGGAAACCAAAUACCAGGAUCAAACGCAUUGGAACUCUAUUUUGGACGCUAUCACUGAACUCAAGGAGGACUUGGGCGAGUCGGAUGACCCUAAACCCAUCUCAGUUACACCCGACUUUAUAUCAACUAACUCUCUGGACUCUCCCUUGCUGUAUGGCUGUAGGCGUUGCGGCAAAGAUGAGAUUCUGGCGGCCGUGCCACCAAAAGACCUGGCCGACUGCCUUGUUUCUGAGUGCUUUGAAUUGCUUGAGCUUUCCUCGUGUGCCAUAAACAAGAGGGAGUUUCUCAAACAGUAUGCCUCAUUCUGGGAACGUCCCCAGGACGCGCCGGUUAUGUGGCUUGGUUUACUGUUCAGCAUUCUUUCCAUUGCUAUUAACCUUCGAGAAUUCGAUUCUGAAUUAAUACGGUCUACCUCGCACAUAGACUACGUCUCGCUCAGUACCAGCUAUCGUGAGAAAACUGUACAGUGUUUGGUACUAGGACACUACACGAGGUGCGGUCCCUAUGUAAUAGAGACUCUACUCCAUCAUUUUGCAGCAGAGUUCAUGCGAAGGCGCGAUGUCAAUAAUGAAGCAUGGCUUAUCUUAAGCACAACGGUGCAUCUCGCCAUGCGUAUGGGAUAUCAUAGAGACCCCAUGCAUUUCAAAUCUCUCUCGCCAUUUGAUAUUGCGACGGCUGGGCAACUAGGAUUGCCACGCCUGAUCAACGAUGCAUUUGUUGACACGGCCGAACCUCGGAACCUCUUCGACAGUGACUUUGACGUCAAUACGACUGAACUACCGCCUUCACGUCCUGACAGCGACCCCACCCCUAUGUUGAUGAUCUUGGCAAAGCUGAGAAUGGGACGCAUGUAUACUGCCGUUACCGAGGUCGUCACGAGCACGCACCCGCCCACUUACGCUCAUGUUCUACAAGUUGACCGACAACUUGAAGAAAUUUAUACAAAUAUCCCAGAGUAUUGUAGGAUAAAAGUCGAACCAGAUUCCAUCCGAGACCCGCCUCAAGUACUCCUCCAGCGCGUAUUCAUGCAGAUGACUCAUUACAAGGCUCAAUUGAUUCUCCAUUGGCGCUAUUUAGCUCUAGCUCACAAGGAUGACCGAUAUUCAUACUCGACCAAAACAACCGUAUCAGCAGCGCUCAAGAUCCUGAAACUGCACCGGUCUAUCUACGAAGGACUUAAAACUGGUGGGCGCCUCUACUCAGUCAGAUGGCGCGUGACUUGUUUCUUCAACCAUGAUUAUCUCCUAGCUAUGAGCAUCUUAUGCUUUUACCUAAAGCAGAAUGUCGACAAGAUCAGCGUUUCUGAACUCAGCGAGGUUCAGCAAACCCUGCGGCAAUCGAAAGCCAUACUACUAGGCCCUCGAACACCAAUGUCGGCCGAAUUAGAACGAGCCGCUGCGGCCAUCGAAUCAGCCCUGUCUGGUAUUCUUGGCCCCGAGUCGGAUGAAAGCUCAUGUGGAAGUCAGGUAUUAACUCCUGCAGAAAGCACUGAGCCGAAUGAGUCUUCUAACUCCCAGGGUCACUUAGAUCCUUUCGUUGGCUCAGUGCUGCCAUUUUUCGACCCAAUGUUUGAAGGGGCACCUAUGCUACAAGGAGCGUUGUUUCCUUCACAUAUAAAUGAUAUGGGAGCGUUUGUCAACUCGGUCCUGGCCGGUUCGAUCGAUCCUUGGGUUGAGGCUCCUAACUUUGAAUCAUUCUUCUAAUGCCUUCCCAAUCUUAAAGAUAAUGUACGGUGUUCUUAUUCGCGUCAUUGCAGGGUGAGUACGGAUGGGGGUAUAUCUGUCGCACUUUGUCAAAACGACGCCAUAAGAGCUAGACGUACAAAUCUAACAGCAGUAUAUACAUUAUCCACCUGAGUGCGAUAAUAUCCAUCUUCUUAUUGCUGGCAUCACUUUGAGACACAGCAAAUUACCUCUCUUACAACUUAGAAGCUCAUCGCCCUGCACCAACUCGAUUUAUGCUACCUUACACUAGUAGAACUCUCUGGGCAGCGGCAUGAAGGCUUCUGAUGCGACAAUGACAGCUUUGAUUGUUUAAUUAGCUGGGAAAUACUAACCACGGUCUCAUUGUAUGGUACUAACGGUGUGCCAUUCAUUGACUGAGAUGAUCAGGAGAUAUGGUUAAAAGAGAUAUUCAAGGACAACUACAGACAGUAUCAAGAUAUUACCACAUAGAAAUGUUACAAGUAAAUAGGUAAUGCAUAGAAGGAACCUUUUGAAGGCGGAACAAGGAGCAGGCCAAUAGGCGCCAUAUAAGC